GUGAUGGAAGCUGCCCUCAGUCCUGACAUGUUGGCCACUGAUCUGGCCUACUACCUUGUGAGGAAGGGGGUUCCCUUCAGAGAAGCCCAUGGUCUGUCCGGUAAAGCAGUAUUUACAGCAGAAACCAACAACAUUGCCCUGAAUCAACUGUCUGGGAAAGACCUGUCUGCUGUCAGCCCUCUGUUUGAAGGUGAUAUUUCCUCAGUGUGGGAUUACAGGAGCAGCGUGGAGCAGUACAGCGCCCCUGGAGGGACAGCCAAGAGUAGCGUUGCUGCACAGGUGGAACACCUGAGGAACUGGCUAAAGCAACAAGCGCCGCAACUUUAAUCCAUACUUGAGCUGUCAGGUUUAGGUCAAAGGGAAUUAUUCACAUCCUGAAAACACAUCCAUACAAUUCCUCCGGAUGUUAUUAAUAAUUCUGGACAAGUCUUACGCGAUCAUACAGUAGUCCCUCGGGGAUUCGUACCCUGAAGUGAAAAACCGCAAAGUAGGAAUAGUAGU